AUGUUGCUGUCUGAGACCAAGACGUUGUCUGGAGUCUGGAUGAGAGACCUUGAUGUUGAUUCCCGAGACGAAGACCUGGGGCCUACCAUUAUAGUCACAUCAUUAGUUGUCUACAGCUGCUGCACGAUUUUCGUGCUCGCGAGGAUCCUCUUGCGGCUCCGCCUGUUGACGAAACCUACAUCUGACGACUAUCUCACAGGUCUAGCUUUGAUGUUUGGAUGGGCAGGGGCCGCUUUCGCAGUAGCGGCUGUUCAGUGCGGACUCGGCAAGCACAUCGCGACCCUGGAUUUCGAAGAAGCCCAGUAUGCGGUCUUAUGGUCCAUGAUCGGAUUCUGCCUCACGUUGUUAUCAAUAUCAUUGCCGAAAGUGGCCGUUGUCGCACUCCUCGUGCGCCUGAUGAGCCCCUCAAAUGCCCUUCCAUAUCUCCUUUGGAGCCUAGCCGGGCUGUGUUUUCUUGUGCUUCUUGGACAUAUCCCAACAGUUUGGACCCUUUACGAUACAAAAUUCGGCUGUCAGAAUGCCAAAGCCUUUCUAAACUAUUCCACAUUCGCCGGAUCAUAUUCGGCUUUUGUAGACAUGUGUCUUUCUGUGUACCCAGCGUUCAUGCUCUACAAUCUGAGAAUGAAGCGAAGGAAGAGAGUCGGCCUCGGUAUAACACUUGGAAUCGGGUCCUUAGACUCCAUAUUCGCCGUGUUGAGGACGCUUAGCAUGCCAGUCGAUUCAUCCAUGCUCACGAUUUGGGGAAGUAUCGAAGGGAGCAUGAUCAUUAUUGCCGCGUGCAUUCCUCUGCUGCUGCAUCUGCUGGACAUGCUCACAAGGAUCAUCGGUUGGAAAGAGCUGCCGCCAGUACGACCAUACAGGCCGUCCCGCCACAUCACCAGGAGGUGGAUCACGUCCGGUAAAACCGAAGUAAGAGCCUCAAUCCCGGCGCAAUAUCGCGUAAUCUGUUCCUGCCAUGCUUCGAGACCAGGUCCUCGGGACCUACUGGCAACAGCAAAUGCUCACUCGAACGCAACGCAACAAGACGGUCCAGACUUUGAUUGGCGGCGGCUCGAUGAUGCCGACGUAGGCAGCGGUGCGGGACCGGACUUCAAGGAGUGCUUGGGCCUCACAGAUACCGAAGAGGAAGAGUUGAUGGUGUGGCAUUUCGGUCGAAUUAAUGGGAUCGUGAGACAUGAUGAGGUUACCGUUGCAUACGAGGAUGCUCCCCUGAACUUGCCGGAGAUACUGGUUGAGGCACACACUACGAGGACUUUUCCCGCGACGUACCCAUGA